GUUCUAUACUGUGUUAUGUUCAUGUUACGUUACGGAGGAAAGUGCAUAAUUGCAGAAAGCCGAAUUAACAUUUUACCUAGUUGCUCAGUAGAUACUGUGCUGUAUCCUGGCGGAAAGCGCACAAUCGUUGGAAAUGUUACAUUAAUAUCCGAGAUAGUCGACUUUUCUCAUCAGAGAAUGAUUCCCACGGUUAUUCUUCUUGUUCUGUGCUUGGGAAGUGUUCUUGGUCUUCCUGAUGGUGCGCCUAACGGGAUAUGUUCAACCUUGAUGCCUCGUCAUCCGGGUACGGUUGCGCAAACUUCGACGCCUCCGUAUCAGGUUUUGCCAGCUGCUGGACAGGGUAGAGUUCGACUGAUCCUGGGUAGCCCCCAGGGGUUGGCUUAUGAAGGCUUCAUGAUCCUUGCCAGGGAUCUGGAGACAGGGGAGUAUGUUGGGGAGUUUGCGAAUCUUCCUGAAAGUGCCCGACAUAUGGAAUGCCUUGAUGGGGUAAAGAACGGCGUGACUCACAUUGAUAAGAGAAAGAAGCAGAAUCUUGAAUUCGAUUGGGAAGCCCCUCCAUAUUACGAAGGAACAAUUAUAUUCAAUUCUACCUUCGCUCAGGAUUACAGUACCUAUUGGGUUGGCGUGGAAUCACCUAGAAUUACAGUGCUCAAAAGAAGUAUUGAUAUUUUGACUGCACCAACACCGACGACCACACCCAGAACAAGUACACCACCGUAUUACAGUCCAACGGUAAAAACGACGGUGAAUGUCGCGGAGAAUCCACUUUACGAUGGUUGCGGAACAACGAAAAACUGUUUUGGUGCACCGGACGGAUGCGUGGAGGAGAAGAAUUGCGAUGCCAUUGUCACUGUCUUAGUGCGCGGGGAGCGUUACCUUUUUGAAUUGCAAGCGCAGGGAAGCAAGUACGUUGCAGUGGGACUGUCAGAUGACCGUAAAAUGGGCGAAGACAGUGUUGUCGAGUGUGUCGAUACUGCCGGUAAAAUUGGAUUGCACAUGUCCUGGAAUAGUGGGAAAACGAACUCCAGACGUUCCACGCCGGAAGAUGCCGUUCGAUUGGAGUCAAGUUUCACACAGGAUGGAAUCAUAGGAUGUAAAUUCUGGCGAGAUAAGAUGACAGUGGUACAAGGUCGCGAAUAUGAUCUAGUGAACACUCCAUACAAUCUGCUGGUAGCGGCUGGAAGAAGUGCGUCAACCAAUGGAGUGGGUUUCCAUGACGUCGCCUAUUCUGCUUCCCCUGAAGCAAAACUCUUAUCUGACGUCAGUGGUUUUGGAGCCACCAGUGACGUUCUGAUCCGAGUUCACGGUGCACUUAUGCUUGCCUCCUGGAUCGGUACAGCCUCCAUAGGAAUUCUCUUGGCUCGCUACUACAAGCAGACCUGGGUUAACUCCCAAUUAUGUGGAAAGGAUCAAUGGUUCGCUUGGCAUAGAUUCUUCAUGAUUCUGACCUGGUCGAUGACGAUAAUAGCAUUCGUUAUUAUCUUCGUGGAGAUUGGCGAGUGGAGUUCAGCAACUAUUCACGCUUCUCUUGGAUUGGUCACAACGAUACUAUGCUUCGUGCAGCCAUUCAUGGCCGCAUUAAGACCCCAUCCUGGUACAGCCCGUAGACCACUCUUCAAUUGGGCCCAUUGGUUCGUGGGUAAUGCUGCUCACAUUUGCGGAAUAAUCGCCAUCUUCUUUGCCGUUCGAUUGAACAAAGCUAAACUACCAGAGUGGGUUGAGUGGAUUCUGGUAGCAUAUGUGGUCUUCCACGUGUGCACUCAUCUAUUCCUCACGUUCGCUGGGUGCUCGUCGGACAGACAGGCCAAUAAGAGGGUGAACUCCUUCCCAAUGAAAGACAUCCACGCUCGAGGAUCUAUGUCGCAUCCUGAUGUCAGGGGAGACGCUCCUUAUUCGGGAAUGAGGAAGCUCGUCUUCGGGGUUUACUUCGUAGUGAUAGUUUGCUUCGCAGUGGCCCUGAUAGUCAUCAACGUUUUUGCUCCUAUCGAAAAGACGUGGCAAUCGCUGGUCAACGCAACCUCGAAUUAUUGAAUGUAAAAUCUAUUGUCACGGUGCGAACGACCGCGUCGCACGAAUACGCUUUCUUUUUUUAUUCUUAUUCUAGGAGAGGUAGUUACAACAACAGAUUUGAUCCUGGAACGACUGCCUUAAAAGUAGUAGAUAAACGUAUUAUACUAAACGAUUAGGUAUAGUAAGAUUUUCUGAUCGGCCAUCAAAUCUUAACUGGACUUCACUUUUUUGACAUUUUAUUUUGUUAAAAAGCUUGUCCCUUGUCGACCAUUUAAAGAGCGAGUCUAUUAUUUUAUUUUGUAGAAAAAAAGUUCAAUAGCAAGAUCGUUCAAUAUAUUCGGUGAAACGCGGAUGAUUUCGGCAGCGAAAUUGAGGGAGAAACGCACAGAUACGGGAAUUUUGUAGGGAGAAAAAUAUGAUAGCGCUCCUAGCGCGCUUUGUUAUUUUUUGUCCUACAAAUUAUUUCUGCUUUUCUUUUUUUCUUUGAGCGUCGCAUAAAACGGGAAAAGUCGUUCGAUGCGAAUCUCAAAUUAAAUGAAAGCUUAGGCUGAGAUUGUAGCUUCUAAUGGGGACAAUCAUAUUAAUAUACAUUGAAGGUAUCCGCAAAUUAUGCUAGUAUAUGAGUAUAGAUGAAUCUAAGGGCACAGAAGAAUGAUUGAGAUUUUUUAAGUUUUUUUCAUACAGAUAUUUAAAUACAAUUUAUUUUAUAUACAUAUAUAUUUACAGUGCGUAUGUACUUAGACUGGCCGUUAACGAGUGACUGUCAGUAUUUUAAGGACAGACGGUGCUUGUAGAUUUAACCCACGACGUAACGUUAAUUUAUAACAUACCACAGAGCCCCUACUAUAUUAUCUGCAGUGUUAGUCACAUAGUAUUUCAUCUUUACACCAGACUCCAAUAACAUACAAAAGACGGUAAUAUACUCGAAGCGGCACUGCAGGCAGUAGCAGGCAGUACUUAAAUACAGACAUUCGACUAAUCGUCAUGUAGCCACUGUUCUUUUUAAGUAUUAUCGUUGUUAAUAAACAUUCAUACAUUUA